CUGCUGCGCAGUCUCUCUCUGUUCCGCUGUGAGAGUCAUGCGACUGCGAGUGAUUCAUACUGUGGGUCAGUAUGAAUAGCAUUGUCGUGCGCAGAAACAUCAUACAACAAUGUUCAAUCUUUUAAUUAUAGCGAGUGAAAAUCAGCCAUCUCAGCAAAUCCGUUUACCUGUAAUCGGUCAUAAGUCAAAGUCUGUGGCCGAGCACACUGAUCUACUUAAAACCAUCUUGAAAGAAAAGGUGCUUUGAUGUUCGAUAACUAUACCAGCAUGAAGGGACGUGUAACAGUGUACUCGGUGCCAGGAUGUCCACACUGCAUACAGGCCAAAACCACUCUGAGUAAACUGGGUCUGCCUGUGUGUGAUGUGGAUUUAAACAAGCAUAGAGAACUACAAACUCAUGUGAAGGAGCUUACAGGCCGCAGUACUGUUCCUCAGAUAUUCUUCAAUAAUGUUUAUGUUGGAAACAACGAGGACCUCCAGAACCUGGAUCCCGAUCAUCUGGAACGCCUCGUCUUAUUGAUAAGAGAGCACCCGGUGCCCCUGGACGCUCCACCUGUACCUGAGGAAAACAGCCCUGACCCAGAGGGUGAGCUUGAUGGAGAGUUUAAGUGUGAGAGGGAUGCUUAUGCGGACAUGAUAGAGGAGUUGAAGAGGAGCGGGGUGAUUGGCAGCCACAGGAGGGGGUUGAGGGUGUACAGGAACAGCUUCACUGGCACUGAGCUGGUGGACUGGCUGUGCAAAGAGAAGGGUGUUGACAGGAAGGAAGCUGGUGAAAUUGCCCAGAGUUUAACGGUCAGGAAGCAUUUGAACCCUGUGACGGGCCAAAGACAGUGUAAUGAGGGUAGCACCAUAUUCAGGUUACUGGAGCAUGUUCCAAAUGCAGCACUCAACUCUGGAGAAACGGCAGCAUGCAGCCCCAUAAAGGCUUGUGAUCUCUCUGAAGCGCUGAGGAAUCAGAUCCUGAAACUCUACUCUGAUCAUCUCUCUAAAGAUGGCAAGACAGUUGAUUACAAGGCCAUGUCUCAGAGCCUGUACUUCGAGCGGUACUGUGAGCUAGCCGUCAAACUUCAGCGCGUGGAGCUUUUGUCCCUGAGUCGUGAAGAGAAACUGGCCUUCUUUAUCAACAUCUACAACUCCCUCGUGAUCCACGGCAACCUGCACCUGGGCUUUCCCAAAAACCUAUGGCAAAGGUACCGGUUCUUUAACUAUGUGAGCUACCUCAUUGGUGGUGAAGUAUUCACACUGCAGGAUAUUGAAAAUGGAGUGCUCAGAGGAAAUCGAAAGGGCGUGGCACAACUCCUGAAGCCCUUUUCAAAGAACGACCCUCGACUGCAGGUGGCGCUUCCUGAUGUUGAGCCUCUCAUUCAUUUUGCGUUGAACUGUGGUGCAAAGGGCUGCCCUCCAAUCAAGACUUACACACCACAGGACAUUGAUAGUCAGCUGUGUGCUGCUGCGGAAGCAUUCUUGGAGAAUGAUGACGGCUGCAUGAUUGACAGUGGGAGAAGAGAGGUGAAACUCAGCCAGAUAUUCAAAUGGUACAAGGCAGACUUUGGAGGCACUGAUGAAAAGCUGCUGAAUUGGGUGUUUGAUCACAUGGGAGCGUCACGAAAGAAGAGGAGUCUACAAGCCCUAAUGUCGCAAGGAAAUACCAAAGUGAGCUAUCUGCCAUAUGACUGGUCUACAAACAGCACAGACUGAGCUAAACCAUAUUCUCAUGCACAUUAUCACUCUAUCACCGACUCAUUGUGGGCAUUGUGUUUGUAUUGAACACAUGCAGCAGGGAAGAGAAAUUCAAAAUUGUUCCCUGAAAUAAUUUACUGUAACUAUGCAUUUAGAUCUCCUUUCCUUGUUCUGCAACCUCCCAAAGGGCAUUGUGAAUAUGUAGCCUAAUUAUUAUAACUUAAUUUUCUACCUGUUAUUUCCCAAAUUGUAUAAUUGUUUUGCACUGAUAAUUAUGCACUGCUAACAGUCUUAAAAAUUAUCCUACAAAGGAUGUCUUUAUAAAUGUAUAUAGACUAAUUUAUCUAAAUUAUUAUAUUUACUGCUUCGAUGUGAAUUUAUCUUUAAAAUGUAUUUAAUUUAGAGUUUCUAAAACACAACGAAAAGCAAAAAAGGGACAAUUUUGCACAGAUGAACUAUGGUGCAUAUUGCUUAAUUACCCUAAACACAAGAGCAUGUCUUUUAUGUAAAGUUUAGGGCUGAAAAACUUUAUAUCAUUAUAGCUAAAUAUAUAUAUAUAUAUAUAUAUAUAUAUAUAUAUAUAUAUAUAUAUAUAUAUAUAUAUAUGUGCUGUAUAUAUACUGUAUGUAUUUAAGCCUUUGGAUGAUAGUCAGUAUAUAUCUUACAUUUAUGUUUUUGCACUGAAAUGGCUUAAAAGGUGAUUUUUUUUUUUUUUUUUUGUCAGAACAACCAUCAUUUCAACCAAAUUGCACACGGUUUUUCACUAAAUGAGCUCAAUGAUAUUUAAUUAUUUUCAUUUAAAGGCACAAUAUAACAAUACAACAGCAAUAUUUACCUACAUUUUACCAAAACAUCUUAAUAUAUGAAACUUUCCACGCAGAGACUUAUGUAAACCUUUUUGAUUGAUGACACAAACAAAUUGCUGCAUAAUUUUGAACUGAUUCAUUGAAACUUACCAAUGCAAAUGCCGUUUUUGCUACAAAUCAGAGACAAUAUGUAAACAUCUGUCUUAAUGGGGGCCUGGGUAGCUCAGCGAGUAUUGACACUGCCUACCACCCCUGGAGUCGCGAGUUUGAAUCCAGGGCGUGCUGAGUGACUCCAGUCAGGUCUCCUAAGCAACCAAAUUGGCCCGGUUUCUAGGAAGGGUAGAGUCACAUGGGGUAACCUCCUCAUGGUCGCUAUAAUGUGUGGUUCUCACUCUCGGUGGGGCGCAUGGUGAGUUGUGUGUGGAUGUCGCGGAGAAUAGCGUGAGCCUCCACACAAGCUAUGUCUCCGCGGUAACGCGCUGAGCAAGCCAUGUGAUAAGAUGCGCGGAUUGGCGGUCUCAGACGCGGAGGCAACUGAGAUUCGUCCUCCGCCACCUGGAUUGAGGCGAGCCACUAUGCCACCAUGAGGACUUAGAGCGCAUUGGGAAUUGGGCAUUCCAAAUUGGGGAGAAAAGAGGAGAGAAAAAAAACAAUAAAAAAAAUUAAAGAAAAGAAAACAUCUGUCAUAAUGUUUGCAUACUCACGAGUCCCGAGACAAGUUAGGAUUGCAAAAUUAUUCUAAUGAUACACUCAUAGGAAACUAGAUUAUCAUAAAUAAAAAACCCAUUAAAGUCUUUGUAAUAUUCAGAACGUAUACUAUACUAGCCCUAGGAAUGGUUUGGUCUGAUUUGUGAGAUCCAUACUUGCAUUUACAAGGCAUUUUCUUGGGUAUCAGGUUUAUCCUUGCAUUUUCUUUUUAAUUUGUAUUCUUUUCAAAGAAUGUUAUACUCAGCUGCAUAAACAUCCUACAGUCAUUACUGUCACAAUCUGUUCCAGUGUUCCAGAGUUAUGUCCCCAGCACCGACACACUUUGAGAGCUGUUCACUGUUUAAUGUGUCUGGACACCCCAUACUGUGUUUCUUCUUUAUGCUUCUGUGUAAAAAUGCAUAGGAGAUGGAAGAUUUUGAGGAAUUAAUUACUGGAGUUUCAGGACCAUUUCAUGCUCAGGAAGUUAUCAGCAAGUACCAUUACUUUUGAGUACUUCUUGUAAUGCAUUAUAUGAUAUGUGGUGUAUUAUUCAAAGGGUACCAGGCUGAUGAAAAAUCAUUCCUGGUUUCUCAUAAAACUCUUGUCUGUCAGACUUGUUUCACAUGACAUGAUACAGUGCCUGAUUUGAUCAUGUGUUAACAAGUAUUUGCGUAAUAUUUCUGAAGAAUAUGAGAUCCACACUGAGAGUUUCAGAAAAUCAAUUCCCCAUCUGUCUUGCUGGCUUGGAAAUGUUUUUUGUAUCUAUUAGACACAUGCUGUUAGAUGUCAAUUUUUACAGUGAUGCAGUAUGGGCAAGUAAUUUAAUAGUAAUUCAUGUGAUACUAUAGCAUAGUAUUGCAAGGGCUGAUAUUAUAGGAUGAGAUGCACGAGUAAAAUGAGGUUCAACACCUCUUGUUUCAGCCAGUGCCUUUUCACCUCUGCAUGAGAUCAAUGUCAUAAAACUCCACUUGACCACACCUCCCAAUGCUUCAUCGAAAUCAUUUCCUUUGAAUCUUUCAUCUGCAAGCUGAGGGACAGUUUUUAAUUAUAUCUCACCCUUGGAAAAAGUCCCAAAGUUACCUCAUGUCUCUUACAGUCAGGAAGGAUAUCAAUGCAAUGCAAUUACCCUUAACAAAUGUCAAUACUAGGCUCAUUUUAUUGCAUGGAGUUUAUUUAUAUAGCUGAAAUCUAAAGCAAUAUUGCAUUGUCUUUUAUAAUGUAAUGCAAUAAUAAAAUAUGAAGAAAUAAAGUAUAUAUUUAAUUGA